UAUUUUAUAAUAAUUUGAGGAAGAUUCUAGAGUCUGAAUCAAUAAAUCUCUUUUACUAAAUCGAGGCUGUUUUUCGGUUUUGAGACAGAUAUUAAAAACUUGGUUUUUUAAGGCUCCAAAUCUCAAAUAAGAAACCUUUGGAAUCCUUUUCCUGCAAGAAUUCAAAAACCCAACAAAAAGGGAAGGCCCACGACGACAAAAAGGGAAAGGAAAAACAGAAGCGUUUUCUGUACACCAAUGUCGAGUUCCGGCUACGACAACUCCUCGGACGAGGCGGAGAAAGGCUACGACAUGGAGUUCCGAUCGUACCCAGACGACGCCUGGUAUAGUGUUCGAGUAUUGUUAGAGGGAGAGUUUGGUGACAAGCUGAGAGUCAAGUACGACAAUUUCCCCGACGACCACGACAACGUUUUCCUCGCCGAAAGCUUCAAGUCCGAGGACGAGCUUUACGACUUCAUAGGAAGGUUUCGUAAGGUCUCGGACCAGCUCCAGGAUGCGGAAUGCCACAAGGUCGUCAAAGGCAUGCGCGUUUGUGCUUCCGAUUCUUUCGGCAACGACGAAACUCUCUUUUACGACGCCAUUGUCGAUGAUGUCCGUACAACUCAUUUGCCCGUGCUGCAUAAGAAGCAUUCUAUUGUAAAUGGACAAGAAGAGUGUGAGUGCCCCUUCCUACUCUUUUGGCUACAUGGUCCUAAUGUUGGGAAUGUAACAAACAAGGGGGUUGCAAAUAUAUGCCUUCUUCAGGAUUCAAAGUUACAACCAAUACUUGCAUCUUUCAUGGAGAUAGCAUUGCAGAAAAUAGAGAAAGCCUCACAUAAAUCUGUUUCUGGCACUAGUUUUACUGGGGGAUUGAGACAGAGAAAGUGUGCUUGGCAGUCUAUAAGUAAACUGUGGCCAUCUGAAGGAGGGACAGAAGUUCAUUGUGAAAAUAGACAGGAUACUGAUGUAGGAGGGGAUAAAAACUUUUACAUAAUAUUAGUUCAGAAUCUUGAAAAGGAAUUGUCCUCAGCAGCAGUUUCUGAGUUCAUCCAUAAACAAACUUCCAUUGCAGUGCAAGUAUAUAUUUUCCCAAGUUUACCAUGGGAGCCAUACACCAAUGGUGUCAUUAUGUUGGAUUGCAAAAAAGAUCUCGAACAGUUGUUUGGCUUUUUGCAUAAUCCUAAUCAUUUGAUUGUAUCCUUGAAUGGGAGGCCAUGGGUAGCGACUGAAAAAAUGUCAAUGAAUGAUCAUUGGACCUCAAUGCUUGAAUCUCCUAACAAAUUACUCAACAGAAGAGGUGGUGGAUUUAGCAAUGAAUUGAAGGUUGUUUGUUCUGGGACUGAGGAAUACAAGAAAGCCAAGGAGCUAAGGGAUUUAUUUUUGCAGUUUAUUGAUCAUGUAAAGGGACUUUACAUGAAGCUACGCAUGGAAGAGAGAAGUAUCUCAUAGCCUUGUCUAGCAGUUAACUACUGCAGCCUUAAGAUACUGUGCAUAUUGAGUAUCUCCGCAUGAAGGUCAUUAACUCUGUCAUACAAUGUUCAUAUGUUGUAUAGGAAAGAAGAAAACAUAGUCAAUUAGCACUAAAUGUGACUGAACAAAGAAAAUAUUGGUUUUAUAGCCAUCCUUGGGUCAUUCAAGUUGUGCGGCUGACUACACUUAACAGAUUUCAUUUGGAAAGCUGAAACCUAUGAAUUUAAUGGCAGUUGCUUUUGUAGCUAUUCUGUCUAGUUUUAAAGUUGGGCAUCGGUCAUCAUACAAAAGUUUUCUUUGGGCAAUUUCACAAAGAACAGUUGAGUCUCUUCUAAGCAGGAUGGAUUACUUUGCUCUUUUUCUUUAUCUUUUCAUGUCCCUGUUUUUGUUCCUUUCUCACUUGGCAAAUUCAUUAGGUACAAUCACAACACCACUGAAAUUUUGUUAUGAUCAAACCCAAUUCCUGCAGUUGACACUCAAGCACAACGCUUUCAGAUCAUGAGCCAGGGUGGUUCAAACUUAUUUACUAGAGAUGGGGGAAAACGGGUGGAAGAGAAGCGUUGUGAUUGCAUGCAUAGCAAUGUGUUUGUUUCUAUGGAGUUUAAAAGAAGCAGAAGGCAUGGGAUUCGUGAUUGACGAGAAGAAUGCUUAUCUCAUGACGUCAAGUUCGAAGGGGACACUGUCAUGUCUCUUUCGUCGUCAUUAAGGCUGAUUCUCCUUGGCAUUUUAGGGACGAAGGCGUCGAUCUUGUGGUAACGUUUCUUUUUUUUCGUUUUUGCCUUGUCAAAUUGUGAGCUUUUAUCAGUUUUGAAACUAUGGGAUUUGACAUUUGUUAUAUCAGAUAGAUUGGUUUUAGUGUUUGUUGUUCAAUGUUCAUUGUGUUGAAAUAUCAAAUGAAAGUGCAACUAUCUGUAGGAAGUUAAAAACAGACAAUGUUAUCAGAAUAAGGGACCUUCUUCCAGCGAUCAGAUUAAGUACUAAUUUGUCAACUAUGUUAAGAUUGUGAGAUUAAGGGACCUUCCGGAGAUCAGAUUCAUGAUUUCCGUGACAAGAUAAGUGAAAAAUACGAGUUUGUUGUCCACAAGAAAGGGAUUUACCAUUUCUGCUUCUACAACAAAUCCCCUUAUCAUGAAACCCUUGACUUUGAUAUACAAGUUGGGCAUUUUGCAUACAACAAUCAGCAUGCAAAGAUGGUGAGUUAAAUGUUCCGUUGCUUCCCUUUGUUCCCUUUUAAAAGGGGAAAUAUGAUUACUUCCUUUCCAAUGAUGUAUGCAGAGCAUUUUGGUCCCUUGAUGGAGCAGGUAUCAAAUUUGGAGGAAGCGCUUUACAACAUCCAAUUCGAACAGCAUUGGAUAGAGGCUCAGACUGAUCGACAGGCAACAGGUAGCUUUGAAGAACUUAUUUUUCUCUCUGUUUCAAAUUUUUUUGUACUUCUUGCACCAGUGAAGAACUUGGACCUCUUUUCCAUGGCCAUUAUUUUUGCUUUUCUUUUCCUUUCUUUUUUUUUCUUUUAAAUGGCCAUACAUUUAGUUGUUUUAUCUUGUCCCAAGUAAGAAACCAUGCAAAACUUAUUCAACUUUUGGUAUAAUUUGCUUCCAGUGACUGAUAGCAUGGGCCGACGAGCAAUUCACGAGGCAAUGUUUGAAUCAGCAGCACUUAUUGAGGCUAGCAGCCUUCAGGUUUACCUUUUGAAACGCUUAUUCGAACGGAAACUUUGGAAC